AUGCCUGUCAUACCAGUACAGUAUGAAAGUUUGAAGGCGAUUCUGCCGUACAUGGACCCAAAUACACGAUUCCAAAUCUACCUCCGCAUCCCAUCAAUCAGCUCCCUUGAAAACCGUAUUCCACUGAAAAUAGAGAAUUUAGCGUUUUCAUUAAUAGAUACGAAAGUAAAUGAGGUCUCCUACAAACUUGGUGUAUAUCGUGAUUACGGACGCAACGAAACUCCUCCCGCUGCUCUCCUUAUUAAUCAAGGGGGAGGGACUUCCGAAGACAUUAAUCAAUAUGGAGUCACUAUAUAUCCCGGAAAAAACAACGUACUUCCAGGAGAUAUCGAUUUGAGAAGACAUGUUCUACCAGAUGAUCCUGCUAAUACGGAGGGACAGGAACGACAUCUAGUACGAGAACUGAGAGUUUAUAAACUUUUGCUGGCUGAACGGUUGAAUCAGGAAUUUAUUGAAGACGAAGAAACUAGGAAUGCAGUUGUUGAUGGUCCUUUGAAUGCUUUCAUGGAGACAUCACUUCGAGAAUUAACAUUAAACGCAUCUGUUGAAUUCAUUCAAAACUGGAUUCAAUUACUUCGGGACCGCCUUAGUGGUUUUACCAAUCGUCGAAACAAUCAGAAUCGGCCAUAUACUCCCUGGAUUCAAUUAUCCGUCUAUUCUCCAAAAAGAAUAACAAUCCAGCGUGUUGCAUACAAUAAGUAUCUUUAUGAAGCGACAAAGGCGGUGCACACAAAACUGUUUGGAAAUCGUGGUUCGAAUAUAUCAGUGAAAAAUCUGAUAAUUGACCUUCCCGAUCAAAUUCUCCGUUUUCCUGCCGCAACUAUUUUGAAAAUCGAAAACUUUGAAGUUGCAUUCUGGAAUUCAUUUAAAUUUGAACGUUUAAAAGAAAUCAUUCAUCCAUCAUCUCUUCCAAUUCAACAAUUGAAAGUUUCAAGUACUACUGCAGAUUUUCCACACACCAUUGCGAGAGAGGGAAAAAUAUUGAUUAUUAAUAACGAUACCACUGAAAUUGCUUCAUGGACCCCAAUUCUUCAGAAUCUUACCAACGAAAUAGUGCUCUUGGAGAAUGAGAACACAUUGAAUCCACCAAAUGAUUAUGUGGAUUUAGUCGAGGAUUGGUUGGAAAGAGCACGUCCCGUUGGGACCACUUUCUAUAUGGGUAUCAAAAACGAAGAGACAGUGAAGCAAUGUCUGAACACUCUGAAACAGAGACAAGAAGUUCUAGGAUCUUCUGAAAAACAAGUUCAACUCCGUAUCAACGCUUUAUUGGUGCUCAAAGUUUCUUAUGAAAUGGUUCAACGACGAUUACUGAGAGAUGACCUGCCGGAGUGGUGGCUAAGCCUAAGAGUUGUUCGUGGAAGUUCUGAAUAA